AUGGAUCAAACCAGGGAGAGUUUAUUAUGUAGAUUUAUCGUGAAUUUGGAUUAAGAGGAAAAGAAGCCUGACAGAUUAUUUUUCCAUUUAUAAAAUGCCUAUUGGUACUAUUUAGAUUUCUUGAAUCCGGAAGAUAAGAUGUCAUAAACAGAAUUUUAUUCUUGGCUUUUGAAUCCAUUAUCCGAAUAUAAUGAAAUAAGAGGAAACCUUAAACACUACCUUAAACAAUUCAAGCAAUAUCAAAAGCAUAUUCCCUUAUAUGGAGCCAUAUUGCUGAAUGAAACUUUGGAUUGUGUGUUACUAGUUAUGAAUUACAAUCAAACAGUGUACAGCUUUCCAAAAGGGAAGGUUAAUAAGAAUGAGUCAGGUGUUGAAUGUGCAAUAAGAGAGGUGUGGGAAGAGGUAGGCUACGAUAUUUCUAAGAAGAUUAGCGAAAAAGAUUACUUAGAAUUUGUUUGUGAAGAUACUGGAUAACCUCAAAGGAUGUAUAUAAUUUGUGGAGUGAGUGAGGAUCAUAAGUUCACGACAAGCACUCGUUAUGAAAUUGGAUCCAUCUAAUGGGUGUAGAUCAAAGAUAUCUAGAGAGGGGAUUCUGCUUAUGAUUGCAAAAAUAUAUUCAGCACAAAAAACAAUUAGAGAAAAGCAAAGUCAAAAACACAAAUCAGACAACUGAAUCAGAUUUGA